AUGGCGAAAAUGAACGAGCUAGUGAUAGCAGGGAUGAAUUUCACGUGCGUGCUGGCGGCCGUGGCGGAGUAUCAGAUGCCCGAGAAGGAAUGCCUCCUCAAUCUGCUGGCCAAGGCGCUGGGCUACGGCAUCAUUCUUGGAUCCACGAUUCUGAAGCUCCCGCAGAUUCUCGUGAUCAUCCGCAGCAACAGCAUCGAGGGCCUGAGUGUACCGUCGUUUGAAAUCGAGUGUAUUGGCUACACUGUCUCUGUGGGGUACUGCCUCUUUAAGAAGGUCCCCUUUACUGCAUAUGGCGAGCUGUUCUUUCUCCUCCUACAGUCGCUCAUCCUCAUGUUCCUAAUCUACUCGCAUCUGCCCAACCAGGCAGCCACCACAUGGAUCAAAGUGGGCAUUGCUGUUCUCACGCCACUCCCUGCACCCACUUCUCUCCCCCUCUCCCCCCUUUCUCCUGCUUUUAAACAGCUACUCCGCCAUGCUACCAGUGCUCUUCUUUUCUCAGGGGCGAGGAGUGCACAGCACACCCCGACACCACCUCUCUUCCCCCUUUCGUCCCUCCCAUUGACACCCUCCCCCCACCCCGCCCUCUUCUCCCCACCAGCUACUCCGCCAUGGUACCAGUGCUCUUCUCAGGGGCGAUGA